CCCUUCCCUCCUUCUUCAGAGAAAGGAGGUCUUGAUUAUGGACCCCAGUGCAAGUCCAUUGGAAAAGGCAGCUGCAGCAAUGUAAUAGUCACCAGCAGUGUCAUGGCAGUUCAGCAGCUGGGACCUGUUUCACCUCCUGCUAAUCUGGUUUCAACAGCAUGCAACCAGGUCAUCCCUAGCUUACAGAGGUCUGUGGAUGCUUCCAGCUUGGGUGCUUCUCCGUCAGAUACAAGGUCGCUCUUGUCGUUUGAGUCUCUGGCCUCUACGACGUUAAGCUUGUCAGAAAGUCAGUCCACUUUGAGUGUAAAGCAAAAGUGGUCACAUGGGUACAGGACGCUUCCUUCUGUUCCUGGCGACUCUGGCUUACACAAUGACAGUGAGCUGGGGGACUUAGUAAAUUUUUCACCUGAAACAUCUGUGUCCAGUAACUGUGUCUCUAACUUGUUACCAUCCUAUUUAUAUGGCAUGGAAAAUAGACAUUCCCCUUACUCUAGCCCGCGCCAUUCCUCAGCCCGAUCUCAAUCAGCCCGCUCCAAAAAAAGAACACUCUCUCUGUCUCCUCUGUCUGACGGCAUUGGGAUUGACUUCAAUACAAUCAUCCGUACGUCUCCAACCUCUCUGGUGGCCUACAUCAACAGCUCCAGGACAUCACCAUCAAACAUUUCCCCACAGCCUGAUGUCUAUGGACAUUUUUUGGGAGUGAGAGGAAGCUGUAUACCACAAAAUGGUACUAUUCCAACUGCCCAGAAAGGCCUUCUCAUGUCUAAUGGCAAUGUCACCUUCCCAGGGUGCGUUGAGAAUGGGGCUGGUGAGUACCAGCGGAUGCAGCAGCUGGAGCAAGCCAGCUUGCCGAUGGCCACCACAAGUAACAUGGUGAUCCAGCAGGAUGUGCUGCCCACAGACAACCAGGUGGUCGGUGUUCUGAAAGAUGAAUGGCUGGAUGACUUCUCAGGCCGUACGGUCAACAUACCUCCUCCACACCCGCUGCCACCGCCUCUGCCACAAGGACCACCUCCACCGUAUCGUGCUUACCAGCACCAGCAUCCACACAGCCUCCCCAGUCACAUUCGCCUGCUGCCUCUGCCUCCAUCUGCCCCAGGCUCCCUGCUUGAUGAAGAUGGUGAGCUAGAUGAUUUCAAUGGCAAGCAUGGCUGUCACUGGAUUGACUGUGGUGCACUGUAUGACCAGCAAGAGGAACUUGUGCAGCACAUAGAGAAGAUCCAUAUAGACCAAAGGAAGGGAGAGGACUUCACUUGCUUCUGGGCAGGGUGCCCACGAAGGUACAAGCCAUUUAAUGCCCGUUAUAAACUGCUGAUUCAUAUGAGAGUCCACUCAGGAGAGAAGCCAAACAAAUGCACG